AAUUUUAUUUAAACUUGAUCUAAAUACUAUAUAUUUACAUAAAAUUUUUGCUAAAAAUUCGAAUAAUCCACCUACUAUUACCAACUUCAAUAAUCCACCUAACUCCAGUAAUUUUGCUACCAUUACCAACUCUAGUAAUUCUGCUACUUUUACUAUUGCCAACUCUAAUGCUCUCAAUACAUCUAUAGCAUUUGCCAAUGCUAGUAAUCCUAUUAGCAACUUUAGUAAUCCUAUUAUAUCUAUAGGCUUUAAUAACUCUAGUAAUCCUGCUAUACUUAUUAUCUCCAACCCUGAUAAUUAUACUGUUUCUACUAGUAAUUCUGUGAUAUUUGCUAAUUCUAAUAAUUCUACAAUACCCACAGCAUAUAUUAACUCUAAUAAUCUUACUACACCCGCAUCAAUUGCCAACUUUAAUAAUCUCUUUAUAUCUACCUCUAUUAACUCUGCUGCUCGUGAAAAACAAGAAACAGAUUUUCAAGAAAUUCUUAUAGAAUUAACUACUAUUAAUAGAGAUGAAUUAUCUUAA